UCUAAAAGUUCUUGUUACAUAUAACACUCAAGCAUAUGCCACUUCAUAUUCCAAGUAACUUCAACUAGCUAGUGACCAUCAACUAGAUCAUUUUUUAUUUGAACUCACUAAAAAUAUAUAUAUAUAUAUAUAUAUAUAUAUAGAAUUAUCUGCAGGUUUGUUUCUCUGUUGUUAAUUAAGCGCGAAAGUUGAAACGAUGGCUGCUUUUACAUCGGUUGCUCUACAACCUUUGGUACCUUCUUUUGAAGGAACCCGUGAUCAUAGUUCAUGGUUGGUGAGUGUGAAAUCACACAGAUACACAACAGGUCAGAGAUUAAAUCAGAUGAACAUUGCAAGGGGGUUAACAAUUCAUUGUGCAGCAACAAAACCAGCAAAAUCACCAGCUGAAGAAGACUGGAAGGUUAAGAGAGAAGUUCUGUUGGAAAAGAAGGUAAGAAGUGUUGAUGUAAAGGAAGCUCUGCGCCUUCAGAAAGAGAAUAAGUUUGUGAUUCUUGAUGUAAGGCCUGAAGCAGAGUUCAAAGAGGCUCAUCCUCCAGAUGCCAUUAAUGUGCAAAUAUAUAGGCUUAUAAAAGAGUGGACUGCAUGGGACAUUGCUAGGCGCGCUGCAUUUGCAUUUUUUGGUAUUUUUUCUGGUACAGAAGAGAACCCUGAGUUCAUAAAGACCGUUGAAUCAAAAUUAGAUAAAAAUGCAAAGAUAAUAGUAGCUUGUUCAUCAGGGGGUACAAUGAAGCCAACACAAAAUCUGCCAGAAGGUCAACAAUCAAGGUCUCUGAUAGCAGCUUACGUGCUGGUCCUUAAUGGUUUUACCAAUGUGUUCCAUCUAGAAGGAGGCCUUUACGCAUGGUUUAAAGAGGGUCUUCCUACUGUUUCAGAUGAGUGAAGCCAAGGCCACGUUUUGACCAUAACGAGAGUGCCCAUAAAUGGAUAAAUACCUAUAGAACAAAUGAAAUGAAAUGUCACCAUUGAACUAGUUCGGAAAAAUAGUGUUAGAACUGACAAGAAAAUGUGUCAAGACUGGUUCCCUUGAUUACAUUUUGAGAUGUAGUGAUAUGCAUACACUAAGGAUUCUGAACCUCUCUGUAUGAUGUACCAUACUGCUUCAAUUAAAACACUUGGUUCUAUUGUUCCUUUGUAUA